AUGAUUCUGGAUUGGGCUUCCUGCCUAUGUUUAGUUUUGAUAUUGUCUACUUCUUCUGGAGGUCCUUUACAUGAAAUAAUAUCAAAUUACUUCGAAGACGAUGGGUCAGGAAAUUAUGAGUUUGGAUGGCAAAAAGGAAUAGUGAAGUACAUUAACAAUCAGCCAAUCUUAUCAGUAACGGGUGGUUUUGCGUAUUUCGAUGAAAUUAAAAACGUACUAAAAGUUACUAACUUCAAGGCUGAUGAAAAUGGCUAUCAACCAGAGGAAAGUGAGGGGCCAGGUGGAAUACCAGGACGCCUCGGCGCCGGCGCUGCUGGCUAA